UCCUUUCUCAUUCAUAUCACGUACAACAAACAUUUUAACAAUCCUCUGCUUCGUCUCCCAUGGCCAUCUCUGGUCUUUCCAAAGCUUUGCUCACCUGUGUUCUCAUGUCCCUUCUCGUAGUUCAUUUGGUUGGAGCUGAUGAUAAGGUGAACUCAAUUCAUGGCGUUGCGGCUCAUCCUGCUAAUAUACAAAGCAUUGAUUGUGGGGGAGCUUGUGCGUCGAGGUGCAAAUUAUCUUCAAGGCCACACCUUUGCAAGAGGGCAUGCGGCACGUGCUGUGCGCGUUGCAACUGCGUGCCGCCGGGCACUUCCGGCGGCUACGAAACCUGCCCUUGCUACGCCAGCAUGACCACUCACGGCGGUCGGAGAAAGUGUCCCUAAAUAAAGAAUUAUUCGAAGUUCUCUGCAUAUAUUAUUUGUGCAUGCAAAGUGUCUGCUACUUGAAUCAGGGUUAUGUUGGAGUUUGAUUAAUGAUUAUGAGUUUCAAGCGUGUUUGAAAUAUGAAAUUAAUGUAAAAUAAAGGGAAUCUGUGAAAACCAGAUUCUUGUGUCUCUGUCUCUUUUGUUUGUUUGGCCUAUUAUAUGAAUAUAAGAGGUAUGAAUUAUUUUGUACG